AACAUAAAGAAGAACAGUUUUUGUUUUGUUAUCUGUCAAAAUCAUUACUCGCAAGUUUUAUCCAUUUAUAUUUUAUUUUGAUGCAAAAGACUCAAAGUUAUAUGAUAAAAAUAAUUUUAAAUAUGUUAAACAUUUAAAAACAUUUAAAGGAUGAAGUUAAUAUUCUUGUUACUAAAUUUGUUGUUUCAUUUAAAUCUUUCAUGUUCUUUUACCGUGUAUACCGUACAAACUUUCUGCAGAGAUUACCUAGAUUUUUCGAUUCAAUCUCUUUUAGUUCAAGACUACAAUCAAUUGGCUCAGUAUUAUCAAACAACCAAAUUUACAAUACCCAAAUGGACUGGUAAAGAAAAUUCAAAUAAACCUAUCGAAUUGAGUUUUCAAGGUCUUAACAAUAAAUUGAUCCAAACUACUUUUAAAGGAACCUACUUAACCACCACCGAUUCGAUCGAAAGCAAAACAACUAAGGAAGAAGGAUCUUUUUGUCGGCGUAGUUUUGACAAUGAAAGUGGAUAUUGUCUUAUGGCUUACCAAUGUUUACAUGUCAUUCGGGAAUAUCGUUUGCAUGGAACCAAAAUCGAUAUUUGUACAUAUCGGAAAAAUAUUCCAAUAAUUUGCUGUCCCCUGGCUGCCAAAGAUGUUGAGGACCCCAGGUCAAGGAGACUUAGUGCUCUAAAAUGUGAAGAGUAUCAUGAAAAAGCAAAAGGCACAAAAUUUGGAAUGAUUCGAAAAUUUUCGGGGAAGUUUUGUGAACAAAGUAUUCCAAUGAUUGUUGGUGGAGAAGCUACUCAAUCUGGUGAAUACCCUCAUAUGGCUGCCCUUGGUUGGUCCCAGUCGGAGGAUCAGGAUCCCAAAUGGGCGUGUGGAGGUUCCUUAAUCAGUGAACAAUAUGUACUUACAGCAGCACAUUGUACUGAAUCAGGUGGAAAGCCACCUGAUGUUGUUCGUCUUGGUGCUCACAAACUCAGCAGUCCUAACAGUCAAGCUCAGGAUAUAAAAAUAACUAUAAUCAUAUUACAUCCAAAGUAUAGAGCCUCAUUGUACUAUCAUGAUAUAGCUCUCAUAAAACUAGCUCGUCCUGUAGAGUUUACCGAAAAAAUUCAACCAGCUUGCCUUUGGCAACUACCCAGUUUAGAUAUACCUCGAUCAUCGGCAGCCGGAUGGGGUCGUACUGAAUUUAUGGGUUCCAAGUCAGAAGAUCUACAAAAAGUUGAUCUCAAUAUUAUUGAUCAGAAGGUUUGCCGUAAGAUUUAUAACACCGAAAGACGACUUCCCAAGGGGUUAAUUGAUGGACAAUUUUGCGCCGGUUAUAUGGAAGGUGGUAAAGAUACAUGUCAGGGUGAUUCAGGCGGACCAUUACAUGCUGAAGUUCCUGAAUUUAAUUGUGUUAAAUUUGUCAUUGGUAUAACUUCGUUUGGUAAAUUCUGUGCUGCCCCUAAUGCACCUGGGGUUUAUACAAAAAUCUAUGCAUAUUUGGAUUGGAUAGAGAAAAUUGUAUUCAAAUGAAUCACUUAAAGUACUUGAAUUUGCAUAAACUUUUAUUCUUUGUAUUUAUAAAUGUGCUUUUGUAAUAAAUAUUAACAAAUA